CUCGUCUCGUUGUGUUUAGCCCGCUUGGCUCUCACGCUUCAAAAUGGCGACCUCCCUGGGCUCCAACACCUACAACAGACAGAACUGGGAAGACGCGGACUUUCCAAUUCUGUGUCAAACAUGUUUAGGAGAAAAUCCCUACAUCCGCAUGACCAAGGAGAAGUAUGGGAAAGAAUGCAAGAUUUGUGCUCGACCAUUUACGGUGUUUCGAUGGUGUCCGGGCACACGGAUGCGUUUCAAGAAGACAGAAGUCUGUCAAACCUGCAGUAAAAUGAAAAAUGUGUGCCAGACAUGUCUGCUGGACCUGGAGUAUGGUUUACCCAUCCAGGUUCGAGACACGGGACUGUCUGUUAAAGACGAUAUUCCCAGGUCAGAUGUGAAUAAAGAGUACUACACACAGAACAUGGAGAGAGAGAUAGCUAACUCUGAUGGCACUCGGCCGGUGGGCCAGGUCGGUAAAGCCGCCAGCUCCAGCGAUAUGCUGCUCAAACUGGCCCGGACCACGCCGUAUUACAAAAGGAACCGGCCACACAUCUGCUCCUUCUGGGUGAAGGGAGAGUGCAAAAGAGGGGAGGAGUGUCCCUACAGGCAUGAGAAGCCCACAGAUCCCGAUGAUCCUCUCGCUGACCAAAACAUCAAGGAUCGUUACUAUGGCAUCAACGACCCGGUGGCUGACAAGCUGUUGAAGAGGGCCUCCACCAUGCCUCGGCUGGACCCACCGGACGACAAGUCCAUCACCACGCUCUACAUCGGGGGUCUGGGAGACACAGUUACAGAUGGAGAUCUCAAGAGCCACUUCUACCAGUUUGGGGAAAUCCGCACCAUUACCAUCGUUCAGCGGCAGCAGUGCGCGUUUAUCCAGUUUGCCACGCGGCAGGCAGCAGAAAUGGCUGCUGAGAAGUCCUUCAACAAACUGAUCAUUAAUGGACGGAGGCUCACGGUGAAGUGGGGAAGAUCUCAGGCUGCAAGAGGAAAAGACGGACUCAAGGACGGAGUCAGUGAGAUGGGCACCAGACUUGAUCCUGUACCUGGACUCCCAGGAGCUCUGCCUCCACCUCCUGCGCUAGAUGAAGAGGCUCCCGCAAACUACUUCAACCUCGACCCGAGCUCUUCCCCUGCUGUCAUGAACAUCGGCUUGCCUCCACCCCCAGGCAUCAACCCACCUCCUCCAGGUUUUGGCCCUCCAAUGUUUCACCCCAUGGGUCCUAUGGCCCCACCUAUGCCCCCUCCCAUGAGCAUGAGACCUCCAGGUCAAAUCCACUACCCCUCCCAGGAUCCUCAGCGUAUGGGGGCCCACGCAGCACACGGCGCACGUCACGGGGAUUAAUUAGCUGCUUGAAUUCAUGUUGUGAUUUGGUGUCAUCUCUCUCUAUUAAAGCCGAUCCGGUGUCUUCACACGAAAAGGUGCAGGUUGUUCCGAAACUUGGAUCUAUUCCAAGACCCGCAGUCAGACGACUGCCUGGAUCUGAAGACGUUACUCAGAUGAUCAUAACGCGCCAGAGUCACAUGUGAACAGAGAAACCUAAAGGACUUAAAAAAUGAGAAUAAGGGCCACUGUGACCACAACCAUAGGGUUUUUAAGGAUUCCUGUGUUUCUAGCCAUUGUACAUAUAAAAUGUGUUCUUUAGGUGAGACAUGGAUUUAGUUCAAUGUGCAAAAUACCACACGUUUAAUUCUGAGGAGCGUUUGUAAACUUGUCAACUAUCGGUUCCGCUGUCUUUUUUUUUUUUUUUCCAUUAGCCUUGUCUUGAUAUUCUACCACAUAAUGAUCUACGUAAUUGUAAGGAUUUUUUUGAACGUUAUUGUCAUUAAAAUGACUUACUUUUGUCAUUAAUCAUC